GGCUAUUCAAUUUGGGCCUGCUAUUUUGUGCCUUAUUCUCACAAACAGAGAUAAAUAUUCGUCAGGGUCACACCUCGCCGUUAUUCUCUCUUUUCACUUCAGUGACUAAAUUACAAUUAUUAACAAAUAAAUUUCCUCUGUUCUCUUCUCCGCUUGUGUGUUUGGCUGGAUCUCUCUAUUCCCACAAAUCAUCACAUUAAGGAAGGCGGAGGGAGGAGCUAUCCGUCAGCGGUGGCACCCUGCUCUGCUCCGCUGUCAUCGCGGACUAAAGCGGUCUCUAGAUGGAUAUCACACCGAACAGCAGCCGGAGAGAGGAGAGAGAGGGUCUAUGGAACUUCACACGUUGGAGCGUUUCUAUGGAUGAACACGGUUUAAUCUGUAGACAAGGAUAAUAACCGUCUCGUCUAUCUUCCCGAAUAUUAGCCUAUUCUUCUGCUGCUCAAGUGAAAGGUGUGUGAUGGAGCAGCUCCAGCUGGAGUAGCAUUGCUGGACAUCAUGUCACGCUGGGACACACAGAUCUGUGGAAACAGGAUACUACUGUGGUAGACUGGGGGAAGUCCUACUUCUAUGAUCAGCAGAUCACAUCCAGCUCCUUCAGCUGUCCUCCUGAAUUAGCCGAGGCUUCGUGAACUAAGAUUAAUACACACUCUGAACACACUCAGCUCGGAUACCCAGAGAGGAACAAGGCACUGUGAAGAGGAAAAUACUGCUUUGCCUUUGACGAACUCACAGUGAAAGGAGAAAAAGGACGGAAAAUUACUUUUAAUCAACGCUUAUUAGUGGUUGGUCCCUGGACAUCCAGAUGCCUUGUGUCCAUUGUCACACCAGCGUGCGAGAUCGACCCCUAGACUCCUUGACCCAGGAAAACAACCUUCUCCUCAGCAGCCUCCUCCCAUGUCUGAGUCUCACCAUGUAAUGCAGACAGAGAGGGGAGUUGAGAAUCUGUCUGCUACAGGAUAUGAGUGGUGAUCACUCUGCCACAGACGACGAGACCUGCCUGCAGGGAGGAGGAGGUGCAGGGGAGGAGCAGCAGAGAGCCAUGCAGCCUCAGUCUGAGGAACUCUUGACCAGGAAACUAAAGGCCCUGAACGGCAGCAUGGGGCCCCCAGCCCAGGGGACACAGCAGGGCAACAAGCCUGAUGGUGGUGGUGGUGGGGGGAAGACCAAUGGGACAGGGGAGACAGGGGGGACAGGGACCACAGCCAUGCCCAAGAUGGGUAUCCGAGCCUGGGCUACAGACUGGCCUCCCGCCCCCCGGAGGGAUAUCUGUGAUGGAGGAUGCCAAAACUCCCCCAAAUACGAGAGCAUCGUCACGGCGUUCCAUAACGACCAGCAGCCUCUCGAACAAUCAGGAGCGGCGAUACAGUCACAUGACCAGCCCCCUAUAGACUCUGACUACAGUGAAACUGUUGAGUCGGGAGAGGAUCCCAGGUACAGUCUGUCCGACCUAUUAGGACGCUCCCCUUUAAAGGGGGCGGGGCUCCAUCCCAUCCGCCAACGUUCCAACAGUGACGUCACCAUCAGUGAUAUCGACAGCGAGGACAUUAUAAUGGACGGUACUGCAGUGAACCCCAACACCGGCGCAGCUCUCCACCGGGAGUACGGCAGCACCUCCUCUAUCGACCGGCAGGGCCUGAGCGGGGACGGGUUCCAUACGCUGCUACGGGGUUACCGUAUCGACACCUUAGACCACACCCUCCACACCCUGACACACCCACAUAACUCCAUGCCCCGCCCACUGCUGGGCUUACCUGAGCUGCUGCAGCGCUAUGAUACCUCCCUCUCUCCCAGCCUGCAGACGGCCACCCAGAUCUCCAGAGGGGAGAUAGUGAGGAUGGCAGGGUACGACUACGUGGAUCCCUCCAUCUUCUACUCCAGAGAGAGAGAGAAGAACUUCAUGGGACGCCUGAAGUCUGACUCAUCUGAGACCUCUAUGUUCAGGAAGCUGAGGACCAUCAAGAGCGAAGGAGAUGGGUUCAGGCUGUCUCUGGAUCAGGAUGACAGGAGACCCCUCAGCUUCCAGAAGUGUUUUGCCCACUACGACGUGCAGAGUGUCCUGUUUAACAUCAGUGAGGCUGUGGCCAGUAGGGCCACUCUCAGCCAGAGGAAGAACACAACCACUGGGGCCUCGGCUGCUUCACAGUACCAACCUGGAGCCAGAGGGGGUAGUGGAGCUCCAGGUUUAGGACCAGGACUUGGGCCGGGAGGUGGCCCGGGGACAGGGGUAGGACUGGGGGCAGAGGGAGGGCAAGGAGGUGGUCUUAGUAGUGGAACUACCAGUACCUCCAUGUUUGAGUCUCCUCUGGGCUCCCGAGAGGACCUGAACCCCAAAGAGAACCUGGACCAGGACGAGGGCGACGGGAAGAACAACAGACUAGUCCUGGGGUGCCCCCACUUCCGUAAUGAGAUCGGUGGAGAAGGGGAGCGCAGAAUCAGUCUCUCCAGGGCUAACAGCGCCUCUUACAGUGGUGGAGGAGAGAGCUGCAGCUUCGAGUCCUCCCUCUCGUCCCACUGUACCAACGCUGGGGUGUCGGUGUUGGAGGUCCCUAGAGAGAACCAGCCUAUACACAGAGAGAAGGUGAAGAGAUACAUUAUAGAACAUAUUGAUCUGGGAGCAUUCUACUACCACAAGUUCUUCUAUGGGAAAGAACACCAGAACUACUUUGGAGUGGACGAGAACCUGGGUCCAGUAGCAGUCAGCAUCAGGAGAGAGAAGCUGGAUGAAGGGAAGGAGAAGGAAUGGAUGCAGUAUAACUACCGGGUCACCUUCAGGACCAGUCAGUUAACAACCCUACGUGGUGCAAUCCUGGAGGAUGCAGUCCCCUCCACGGCGAGACAUGGCACAGCCCGAGGCCUACCUCUAAAAGAGGUUCUGGAAUAUGUGAUGCCUGAACUCAACAUCCAUUGUCUCCGUCUGGCCCUCAACUCCCCCAAGGUCCCCGAGCAGCUCCUCAAACUGGAUGAACAAGGGUUGAGUUUCCAGCACAAGGUGGGGGUGCUGUACUGUAAGGCGGGCCAGAGUACAGAGGAGGAGAUGUACAACAACCAAUCAGCUGGUCCCGCCCUCGAUGAGUUCCUCGACCUAUUGGGACAGAGAGUGAAACUGAAGGGAUUCACCAAGUACAGAGCACAGCUCGACAACAGGACUGACUCAACAGGAACCUACUCCCUGUACACCACCUAUAAGGACUAUGAACUGAUGUUCCAUGUGUCAACCCUGCUCCCCUACACCCCCAACAACAGACAACAGCUCCUGAGGAAGAGGCACAUAGGGAACGACAUUGUGACCAUUGUGUUUCAGGAACCGGGAACUCUGCCCUUCACCCCUAAAAACAUCCGCUCACACUUCCAACACGUCUUUGUCAUCGUCAAGGUCCACAACCCCUGUACUGAGAACGUCUGCUACAGCGUUGCUGUCUCUCGUUCUAAAGACGUCCCUCUGUUCGGCCCUCCAAUCCCCAAGGCAGUGACCUUCCCCAAGUCCGCUGUGUUCCGAGACUUCCUAUUGGCCAAGGUCAUCAAUGGGGAGAACGCCGCCCACAAAUCUGAGAAGUUCCGUGCCAUGGCAACCAGAACACGCCAGGAGUACCUCCGCGACCUGGCCGAGAACUUUGUGUCCACGGCGACCAUGGACUCGGCUGUGAAGUUCAGUUUCAUCACACUGGGAGCCAAGAAGAAAGAGAAGGCCAAACCUCGUGAAGACGCUCACCUGUUCUCUGUCGGCGCUAUCACCUGGUCCGUCACCGCACGGGACUUUGGCCAAUCAGCAGACGUGGACUGUCUCUUGGGCGUGUCCAACGAGUUCAUCAUUUUAAUAGAGGAGCAGUCUAAGAAUGUGGUCUUCAACUGUUCCUGUCGUGAUGUCAUCGGAUGGACAUCUGGGAUUAUUAGCAUCAAGAUCUUCUACGAGAGAGGAGAGUGUGUGCUGUUGUCUGCUCAGGAUGGCUGUGAAGAAGAUAUACGAGAAAUGGUGCAGAGACUAGAGAUAGUGACGCGUGGUUGUGAGACAUCUGAGAUGACACUGCGUCGGAACGCUCUGUGCCAGCUGGGUUUCCACGUCAACUUCGAGGGCAUCGUGGCUGACGUUGAGGCCUUCGGGUUCGCUUGGAAGGCGGGGCUUCGCCAGGGUAGCCGAUUGGUGGAGAUCUGUAAGGUUGCCGUAGCAACGCUGACCCACGAACAGAUGAUCGACCUGCUGAGAACCUCCAUCGCCGUCAAGGUGGUCAUCAUCCAGCCUCAUGACGAUGGAGCGCCACGCAGGGGAUGUUCUGAGCUGUACCGUAUCCCAAUGGUAGAGUAUAAAUUGGACAGUGAGGGGACGCCAUGUGAGUACAAGACCCCAUUUAGACGAAACACCACCUGGCACAGGGUACCCACGUCAGCAGGUCAGCCGUCCAAUCCCAACACCCGGUGCUCCCCCACCCAGAGACACCCCGACCGGGCAGGCAGAGACAGGAUGGGACAGCAGGUCCUUCAGCAGGGACAGACUGCUAUCCCACGAUCCACCUCCUUCGAUAGAAAGCUGCCAGAUGGAUCCAGGGCUGACUGUGAGAACCCGCAGGUGACCAUGUGUAAUAAGGGAGACCAGCACUACCGCAGUUCCCCUAGCAACCAGUCGUCGUCUAGUGACCCAGGACCCUGUGGAAGUGGAACCUGGUCUCAACCUCCUGGAUACGACGGGUCCUCGGUCCUCCAUGAGUGCUCCAGAGAGCUACAGGGGGGAGACAGAGAGGGGUACAGGGACACCCUCAGAGAGCCCACCCUUGAGAGUACCCGGUUGGCAGAGGCCAAGUGGCACAUCCCCUCCACCAAGAUCCUCAACUCUCGGAAACAGAGGGAUGGGGGAAAGGAGUCGCCCAACAAGCAGAACCGGGUGGGAGAGAAGACAUCCAGUCACUCCAGCUGUAACACCCUCUCCUCCAACGCCUCCUCCAAUAACAGUGAUGAUAAACACUUUGGCUCUGGAGAUCUGAUGGAUCCUGAGAUCCUGGGGUUGACGUACAUUAAAGGAGCCUCAACAGACAGCGGGAUCGACACCAACCCCUGUAUGGGGCCUGGGGGGAGGUUACUAAUGCAGGGGGGUUGUGGGGGUGAGGUGGGACACACCAAGGAUGGCUGCGAAGGAGAGGAUCAUGGGAAACUUUACCUGCCCCAGGGAUAUGCGUCAGCGAUCAUGAGUGGUCACGUGACAGAGGGAAGCAUUGGGGACCUGAGUGAGAUCUCAUCACAUUCACACUCCUCCCACUCCAGUGGGUCCCACCACAGUGGCAGUCCCCUAGCGCGGGGAGCCCGGUACUGUGUAUCAGCUGACUCCUCCCGGGUCUACACGUUCCCUCAGACCAGCUCAGGGGCAGGCCCUGGGCAAGGGGCAGGGCUAGAAGCCAGUGGACAGACACGCCCAGUUCCUGGUUCCAAACGCCUGAUGAAGACUGAAGACUCGCCCACUAACGAAGAGCCUAAACUGUUAGAGUGUGGAGGAGCAGAGGGCUUGUUAGCUUUCCUCCUUAAAACGCUGUCUGAGCGCUCCAGGCAGUUGUACCUCCAGGAGGCAGCGUGUCACCAGGCAGCAGAUAGGGAGAGAGAGGCCAAGGCCCUGGAGAAGCUGUCUAAAGAAGAGUACCUAAAGAUGAUGCUGGAGGACAGUGGCCCAGGGGAGGACGGACAGAGGAAGAUGUCUGCGACGGGCAGCCUAUCACCACGGCGCUCCCUGUACCGUACCCUAUCAGAUGAGAGUGUGUGUAGCAGCAACAGAAAGGGCUCGUCCUACGCCUCCUCCCAUAGCUCGAUGCUGGACCAGGUGCUGCCCAAUGACAUCCUGUUCUCCACCACUCCACCCUAUCACGCCACCCUGCCACCACGCAUGCCAGGACAGGGGGGCUCCAACCUCAGGAAUGAGUUCUGGUUCUCUGACGGCUCGCUGGCUGACAGGUCAAAGUUCAACGACCCUGGUCUCAUGCCCCUCCCUGACUCCGCCUCCGGACUCGACUGGUCACACCUGGUGGACGCUGCACGCACUUUCGAAGACCAGCGGGUGGCGUCUUUCUGCACCAUGACAGACAUGCAGAGGGCCGAGGCGCUCCAAAUCUCACAGGAACUGACCAGACGCGUGGCUGCAGCUGAGGGGGCCGCCCUAGAGGCAGGGAACAACUCCCCCUCCACUCUGACUGGUAAAGUCAAUCAACUGGAGGUGAUCCUGAGACAACUGCAGUACGACCUCAGAAAGGAGAAGGAGGACAAGGUGUUGCUGCAGGUAGAGGUGCAGCACCUGAGACAAGACAACAUGAGACUACAGGAGGAGAGUCAGACAUCGGCCGCUCAACUCAGGAAGUUUACUGAAUGGUUCUUCCACACUAUCGACAAGAAACCCUGAAACUCUACUGGACUAUUAAUGCCCCUGGGGAACAAUGGAACUCUACUACCCCAGGGGGUAACAGAACUCUGAGGACUACUGCCAUACUACUGCACUGAGCGAGACCUACUGCCCAAGGAGCAAUGGAACCCUCUACUGCCUUGGGGGACUUGACUUCUCGAAUGCCACAUGGACAGAACAUUUCUACAAACUACAAACUCCCUGGGGCCCCAGGGACAAAAAACAUAACUAUUCAAGGAACCCCUGUGCUGUGUGGGAGAGCCUGUCCUGGGGGACUCCUCUUUCUCUGUCCCCUGGGGAUCCCUCUGUCCUGGGGAAACCCUCUUUCUCUGUCCCCUGGGGAACCCCUCUUUCUCUGUCCCCUGGGGAACCCUCUUUCUCUGUCCCCUGGGGAACCCCUCUGUCCUGGGGAACCCCUCUUUCUCUGUCCCCUGGGGAACCCCUCUUUCUCUGUCCCCUGGGGAACCCCUCUUUUUCUGUCCCCUGGGGAUCCCUCUUUCUCUGUCCCCUGGGGAACCCCUCUUUCUCUGUCCCCUGGGGAACCCCUCUGUCUCUGUCCCCUGGGGGACCCCUCUUUCUCUGUCUCCUCUGGAACCCCUAUUUCUCUGUCCCCUGGGGAACCCCUCUGUCCCCUGGGGAACCCCUUAAGAGGAAUCAACUUAUUGUCUGCUAUCGGCACCAAGAGGAAUCAACUUAAUGUCUGUUCCUUUAUCUGCACCACGAGGCACCAAGAGGAAUCAACUUAAUGUCUGCUAUCUGCACCAGGAAUCAACAUGGUCUGCGUUCUGCACCAGGAAUCAACAUGGUCUGCUAUCUGCACCAACCAUGUGGUAGACCUGGACUGUAAAGGCACAGUGGGAUUAAAGAAUGUAGCCCAACUCACCUGAGAAGUAUUUUUUACUGUCUGUUUCCUCAACGUUCCUAAAGUCACACACACUUAGAAGCCAACCUGAUGUUUGAUCCAAACGCUUUGAUUUUACAUAGUUAUGUUUAAUCUUUAUGUUCUUCAAUGUUGUAAUAUAGAAUCACGAAGGGGCAGUAGGGUUGAUGUUAAAAGGUGCUCUCCUGUUGUCGCUGUCGGAUGAAAACUUCUUAUCUCCACACAACAGCACAUUUUCAGGAAAUGGGAAAAACUGCCAUAUUUUCCCAUUAACAAUUUACGAAACCUCCAAAGUAAAAAACAACAAAAAUCAAUUUGUUGUCCUAGAGUCAUGAAGUGUUGAGAGUACACUACGGGGAGUUACUGCUUUCAAUUUCUGUAAACAAAUAAAAAUAAAUACAAAAUGGUAAAAUUGCAAAAAAUGGAGUUACAAGGUUUUCAUUCGACAGCAUUUCUAAAACCUGUUCUAUCACUAGUCUGUUUAUAUGCUGCUGUCAUCACGUCUUAGCAAUAACAAAGUAGUUGUUAUUAUAAAAGUGUGUUUUAGAAAGUUAGCAGCACAAAUGUAAGAAGUUCCUGUGGGGAGAAUGACGGUUGUAUUUGACAUGUGCUGAUAUCCUACAAGAGGCUGGGUCUGUGUGUUAAUAUAGGUGUAGAACAGUAUGGGUCCUUUCUCUUUGCUUUCCUUGUUACGACUCUUGCCUUGUCCAUGGAUCGCUCAGCUGAUACACAAACCUGGGCCGCAUGCCACAAGUCCCACUAUUCCCUACGUAGUGCACUACUUUUGGUCAAGACUUUGGUCAAAAGUAGUGCUCUACACUCUAGGAAUAGGGUGCCAUUUGGGAUGCAGACCCGAAUGCGUUAUAAUCACAGUAGCAAUCUGGGCCCAUAGGGCUCUGGUCUACAGUAGUGCACUAUGUAGGGAAUAGGGUGCCAUAGGGCCCUGGUCUAAAGUAGUGCACUAUAUAGGGUGCAAUGUAGGAUACAGCCAAUCACACUGACAAUGUCAAAAUGUCUCUCUCUGUACAUAAGCUCCUCCACUGAAGUGUCUUGUUGUAUUUCAUAUUUAUUGAAACUGAUUUCACCUGAAGUUGUUCAUUUGAUUAAUUAAUAAGCAUCAAAUAUAGAUUUUCCUUUUUCAGCACUAAGUUCGGAAAAAGCUCUGUUUUUGUUGUAAAGUACGUAUGAAGCUUAAUUUACAGGGCAGAAUUAUAUAAAAAUAUACAAAUGAUUUUUGUUGUUGAUUGUGUCCCAGAGCUCUGGUCAAAAUAAGUGCACUAAAUAGGGAAUAGCUUGCCAUAGGGCUCUGGUCUAAAGUAGUACACUAUGUAGGGAAUAGGGUGCCAUUUGGGAUAUAGUGUUUUGUUUUGGAGAGGAUUCCAACAUUUGGAUGCUGCUAGAUGAUAGGUCUGUUGGUCUGUUGCUUUUUCAGGAUAAUAAUCUUUCUACAUUUAACAGUUUCAGCUCACAUGAUAGGUUGCUUUGGUUUUCUAAAUAAAUGUAGUAUGAAAAUAA